AUGCGUCUUCUGCUUAUUCCGCUCAUCUCGAUCGUCCUCACAGAAUCAGAACCUAUUGAAUCCACAGUUCAAUUGGAUUUCAUUAAACCUCAGGGGUUGAGGCAUCGGAGAUACGGUGAGUGGAAGAGAAAACGGACUGGAAGGUGAGUGAGUGAUGUUCCAGUGAUCAGAGCGAAACGGUGGAGGAAGCACACGCUGACGUGGCAGCUCCAGACACAGAACCUAGUGGACGCCGAUGUGUACAUUGUCAGGUGAGCUCAAUUGUCCGUUUCUGCUCCAACCUCCACCCUUUUUUAGGAACACAAUGCACCGCGCCUUCAGUGAAUGGUCCGCCGUCUCGUCAGUUGAUUUCCGCGAGAUUCCACCCGAAAACGACUCCGAACAACCCCCUGAUAUCUACAUUGCAUUCGAGAAAGGAGAACACUCGGACGGAUUCCCUUUCGACGGACAAGGCGAGUCUUUUUUUAUUCGCCAUGUUUGUAACCAGCAAUGAAUUCAGACGGCGUCGUCGCCCACGCAUUCUAUCCGAGAGACGGACGUCUUCAUUUCGACGCCGAAGAACAAUGGAGUCUCAAUUCGGAAGACGGCGUCAAUUUAUUCCAGACGGCCGUCCACGAAAUCGGUCAUUUGCUGGGAUUGGAACAUUCCGUGGACAUCCGGGCGGCGAUGUUUUCAGCCAAGAGACCUUAUGAUCCGGCGUUCACUCUCGGUAAUUCCAUUUGUGUUGUCUAAUACUAACUUACGUGCAGGUGACGACGAUGUUCGAGCGAUCAGGUCGUUAUUUCCGAAGAAUGAAGGACCUCCGCCGGUGUCCAGUUCCAUAGCCCCUAAAAAGAGAGUGGAGGAGAUGGACGAAGAGAACAGUUAGUGUUUUGUUCAAAAUAAAGGAAUAGUCUGAACCGUUUCAGAUGAUCCAUUCGAAACAACCACCUCCACUUCUUCUUCUUCUUCUUCUUCUUCUUCCUCCUCCUCCUCUCCAGACUCUUUCUUCCCGUUCCCUCUUCCUUCCAUCGAGCAUUUUCAAAGGCGAAACGACUGGUUUGUCCACUAG